AUGGGGAGCCUCUGGCUGCUGAUCAUGCAGCCUCCCUUCCCCAGCCGUGACAGCACUGGAACCUUUCGGACACCUGGACCAUGGACCCCAGGGAAUGUGUCUGCAUGUCUGGAGGAAACUGCAUGUGUGGAGACAACUGCAAAUGCACAACCUGCAACUGUAAAACGUGUCGGAAGAGCUGCUGUCCGUGCUGCCCGCCGGGCUGUGCCAAGUGUGCCAGGGGCUGCAUCUGCAAAGGAGGCUCAGACAAGUGCAGCUGCUGCCCAUGAAACCCAUCCAUCGUGCCCACCUCUU